AUGGCUGAAGAGGGUGAUAUCGAAGUUGAAUAUCACAUCAACUCAACAGUAAUUGGCCAGAAUCAGGCUAUUGACCAAGACUACAUGAACCUCACAGAUCUGGACCGUGGUCACUUGAAUCCCAGUGGCCACCACAAUGAUGACAAGUGGAGUUGGGCUACCUUCACGCUCACCAACAUUGUACCUCAGGACAGAAAACUUAACCAGAAUGCCUGGAGAAGCUACGAGGAAACAACGAUGCGCCACAACAACCAGGGCUGUAAUACCACCUAUGUCAUCACGGGUGCUGUACCUGGGAACACCACGGUCCCCAGUGGGAGGGUAAAUAUACCCAGCUACAUCUGGUCAGCUGCCUGCUGUGUGAAGAACAAAAAACCCUUGAAGUCUUGGGCGGCCAUCGCUAAGAAUGAGAGAAACAAGAAUGAGGUGAAAGAGCUCAGCCUGAGGAAGCUGGAAAACUGGCUCAGAAAACUCUAUAAGGGAACAGUUACUCUGUUCAGAAAUUCCUGUGCCCCAGAAUAA